UUCCAAUCAUCGUGUGUGUGUUUCAGUUCCAAUCAUCGUGGCGGUGAAUAAAUGUGACAAACCUCAGUCGGAUCCUGAUCGUGUUAAACGGGAGCUGCUCGCUCACGAUGUCGUGUGUGAGGAGUUCGGAGGAGACAUUCAGACGAUCCACAUCUCCGCCCUGAAGGGAGACAACCUGCUCGCUCUGACCGAGGCCACGGUGGCGUUGGCUGAGGUUUUGGAGCUGAAGGCGGAAACGAGCGGCCUCGUCGAGGGAUUCGUCAUCGAGAGUCGUACUGACAAAGGCAAAGGUCCUGUGACGACGACCAUCGUGCAGCGGGGGACACUGAAGCGAGGUUGUGUCCUCGUGGCGGGAAAGAGUUGGGCUAAAGUUCGUCUCCUGUUUGACGAGAACGGGCGAGCGCUGAUGGAGGCGGGGCCUAGCUGUGCGGUGGAAGUGGUCGGGUGGAAGGAGCUGCCCUCUGCUGGAGACGUCAUCCUGGAGGUGGAGUCUGAGGUGAGAA